GGCCAGGGCUGGGUGGAACAGAUGGUGCCUGAGGAGGGAAGCACCAGUAGCCGCGAGCUCGAUCUGCACAGGGUCGGCAAAUCAGAAGACUGGCGAUCGCCAUCAAAACCUAAUGGCGUUCCAGAGAUCAAGAACCAAUCCCGACAUCAUUAGUGCAACCAAUCAUACGCUUUCGUACCCAUGCAGUGCCAAUUCUGCUCCACAGAAGACGAGGUACCUCAUCUCAUACUCUAUGGUUGCUCGAACGCUAACCCCAUCUUGAUAUUUUGCGGGCACAUCAUGGGACUAUCAUCUUUUCAGCCAUCGUGCGCUCGAAGUGAUAUCAGGCGUGCAUCGGAGGGGGCUUUGAUUUGCAAAGUGUCAUCUGAAAAGUCGCAUCGUCACCCACUUCGGUCCCUAAGCUCUGAUGCACUUCUAACGUAGGCAUCGGUGUGACGUGACGGUAGCUGAUGCAGAAUGUCUCAACGAGAGACGGGAUUAAUACUCGCUUGGCUUUCUGUGAAGCAUGGAUGUCCUUCGACAAAAAUGCUUUGAUUCAUGGUGAGCUGAGACUUCCUGUUAAGAAUACUUCCUUUGGCUUUCGACACCCGUAGAGAGCAAGAAGGUGGUGGAGAAGCAAUGGAGGCUAGCGCAUCAGCCACGGAUAAAACUCAAUUUGAAUAAAAAGGUCAAACUUCCCUCGGUAAGUUAUUUAUCAUCGGGACGGAAAACUGAGGAGACGCAGGUCACAGAACCUAGAUUCAUAUAAUCUCAACGCUAAGUAAACACAAAGUAAGAGAGAUAAUCCACAUGGAAUCACAAUUAGACAGUGGGCGGGCAUGCACUACAGAGCUCGCUUUCUCUAAGUCCCACCUCAUCUGCCCGUCACUGCUACGAAAGCUUUGUCUGUUGUCAGGCCGGGCAAUCUGUUGGACAGGAGACCGUGGGAGCAGGCAGGCCUUCCUCGCCUCUUGUUCCUGCUUGAAGGCUUUUUCCUGCAGGCCUCUGAGAAUCGCCAGAUAUGUGCAUGAGACGGUUUUACGUGCCAAUCAACUGACUCCGAUAGGAUCAACUCUGGCAUUUCCCCUCCUCAACAUUAAUUACUUUAUCUAGAUUGUUGUUUGCUGGAAAACCCUCGUCUAUUCCGAGUGACGUAAGUAAAUCCCUGGCCCACGGAAAUGUGGGCUUUAUAGUCUCACGCGAGGCAUCUGCUGAUCAUGGGCUAUUUCACAUUGAGUCGUUGAGGGGAUCUCUAGAUGUGAAGAUAGAUGUGGAGAUGCGAUCGCGAAGCAGUGUCUGGUUCGAAGAUGAGAUGUUGUUAAAUAGUUUGAUUCUGGCCCUGAAAUCGUGGUUGGUUGACUCGUGAAAUCCCGCUUAAACCGGGUACGGUAUUUCUCGCUUGGCAGAUGCCAAGCCAUGCCCAAGAAUAAAUCAAAUAAGUUGUGGAGCCCACCCUUUUCAUCGUUAGUGUUCAGUGCGAGAAACGGACUAAUGAAAGCAGAAACAGCAGCGCUGUGCUGUGACGCUUUGUUAGGACUGAGCGAAAGACGUGCUCGGCUAGAGUAUCUCGCGUUCUUCGAAGCACGUUCUCGGCUGGGACGUGAGGGAUGUAAGCAACCGCACAUCCCAGUGACAAGAUGCAGAAGAGACUGAUGACUGAAGAGCGAGUCCUGAAAUGCGCCUGCCAUGGUGUCGUCACGACGGCAGUCUAAGCUCGCCUGUUUUACUGACAGCGUUGUCUUGUUCUCUGAUAUGGUUCAUUCGAUGAUCCCAGAGGCACCUGUCUCUGAUGCGUCCACUCAUCGUUCUUUCUCGCGUGUUGUGAGUCGAACCCACCAUAGCUGAGGCCGCUUAGCUUCAAAGUCCCGGAUUAUGACCAGUUCAUCUGUCUUCUCACCGCUACGCCUUUGCAUUUACGUGUAGCGGCUGAAUUUCGCAGUUGAACGAACUCAAUUCGGACAUAGGAAAGUCACUGCUUUACAUCGUUCUUGAAUGUGAGUAAUUCAGCCUCGAGCAGCUGUACAAGGAUCGACAACCCAAGUUUUGUUUGAGUUUUCCCACGAGAAGAGGACGGUGGUUCUACAUCCCCUGACAGGCACACUUCACCAGAGAAAACUUGUUUCUGCAUCUCGAAGGAAGUGCACAAACUCUCAUGGGGCAGCAAAGAACCACUAACAGGAGGGUCCAAUGAUGACCACGGGAAGGAAAAAAAAGGUUCACAGCAGACCUUCAAUAAUCGAGUAGAAUCAGGAUCUAAGAUAGUUAGUUGAUUCGGGUUUUUGAAAUCUGCAGCGAACAUUAGGGCGCUCGUCGUGACGUUGAUGAAAAACCGACGGGCCUAUUCUAUUUUCAGCUUGUAUUUCGUAAUGGGCAAGGAUUGUGGCAGCAGCUUUUCAGUCGAGUACGAUACACAGAUGGUAGUCACGUCCAUUUUUGGCGAGAAGUCUUGCAUUUUCCAAGUGUCUCAGUUCGGAAACUACUUCACUCUUUGUACUUGAGCGAAUUCUGCGUCGUACCUGCCCAAGGCAAGAAUUGGACACACUGGUGGUCGUGGAGGUUGUGUUAGGCCUUACGCAAAGUUAAUGCUCUAUAACAAAUGGGAGAGUAAAAUGUCCAGCUAGCCAGUUGUAAUUAAGGUAUUUUAAUACCGAUAUAUCUGGCGUCAAGACUAGUGAUUGUUGUGAUCAACUCUUGAGAGCAAGCAGAUCACGACGGAACCCAAAGGCUAGGAUCCAGCGAUCGUCGACUGGGUUGGCUAGAGAGUGGAACAGGGCACAUCAGAUACCGUGGAACUAAAGAGGCAGGAUGGGCCUUCCAAAGCCCUUGGGAGCGUACACUGUCGGAUUUGGAGAUUUUGAUCUGCGAAGGAUUGAUGACAAACCUCUUUCAGAAGUCCCGAGUUGCCCACCAUUUCGUGUCUAUUAUCCGACGAACGUCAAUCCACCAACUGUUUGGAGCAACCGAUGCUCGCGUGCCUGGCUUCCUGAGUUCUCUUACACUUGGGGUUUUUGCUGCACUGUGGUGAAGCCCUCGACGUACUUCCACCGAGUUCUCCUCUGGGUCAUCGCCAGCGUGGUUCAUGUCAUCGUGUGGCCAUGGUCAGCAAUAUACGCUCGAGUAGGUGCUCCGCUUCUACCACCCCCUGGGGAGCAGGAGGAAGAGUCAUUUCUCCCUGUCAUUAUCUUCUCGCAUGGUCUAUGGUCAUGCCGAACGACGUACAGCGCAUUUUGCUGCGAUCUGGCUUCACAUGGCUACGUUGUCGUGGCUGUGGAACAUCUUGAUGGUUCCGCACAGAUGGCAACAUAUACAGAUCAUCAUGGGAAGAAAAAGUAUCUGUAUCAUGCACAUAUCGGUGAAUCUUUGGAGAAGAUAUCACUUGAUGAACGAGGAAAGCAGCUCACGCAGAGAGCACUGGAGAUUCAGAAAGUUGUUGAUAUUUUGGAGAGCUUUCAAGAAGGCCUCCUCACUCAAGGUUCUAACACUGUUACUGGCAACACAAAGCUUGACGUGACUUGCCUGCUGCACCGACUUGACUUGAAUCACUUAGCUGUUGCUGGACAUUCUUUCGGUGGAGCGACUGCUGUGGUUUCUGCUUGUCUCGAUCAUCGAUUUAAGUGCUGCGUGGGAAUGGACGUUUGGUGGGAGCCAAUAGAAAAGGUGAGUAUUGAAAAAUCUGCGGGAAGGGUACCGAUGCUACUCCUUAAUACGGAGAAGUUUGAUUGGAAGGCUUUACGAGAGGCUCGUUUGGUUUUUCUUGAUGGAAGAGUUGCAGCAGCUAGUCAGGAGGAGCCACUGGUGACGGAUCUCUACACUAUCAAGGGCACAGUGCAUCAAGACCAAUCCGACUUUCCUCUCAUCUUUAAGUCGACGGCCAAGAGGAUGGGGUUCACUGGUGAUCUAGAUCCGCUGCUGGCGAAAAACGUAAACACAAGAGUCUGCUUAGAGUUUUUACAAAAGUAUCUACUCUCUCCUGGAACUGAGAUUCCACAUCCAGUUGCCCUCGUACCUGAAGACCACGAGCAUCUCUUAAAAGGCAAUGUACAAUCCACUCAUUAGCCCCAUCAACCUGUAACAUAUUCCCAGUCUGGUGUUCCCUGCAGAGCUAUGGCACCAUGAGGGUAGAGAAGUAAGCACACCAACGUGUGUUGGUGCAUAUGAUCUUUAGAUCAAGUGAAUUUUUCAAGAGGGUUUUCCAACUGUAAAGCUGCGGCAUUUUUGAGGUGUAACCAUAAGCCUCAGUGAUCAGCACCUCUCAUCAGGGGUGUUCUCGAUCAUGUUUGUUCGACAUGCAGAGCGUAGCUGGCAAAGCCAGCUGCAUGAGUAGUAAUUUAUUUGCGAAUAAACGUGUGCAUCACAAUACAUUGUUCAUCUCACGUGGAUACUUCUUUCAAUAUAUGCUUGGGACAUGAUUGUCUCCACCUUCAUAUGCCGUUUUCAGUGGU